AGUGCUUGCAGGAUUAUGAUUAAGAAUACCUCUUCAAGUAAUGCAAUAGAAUGUCUCAGAUUGUCUCAUUAGUGAAUUAUUUGAUUAUUCAUCUCAUUUAUGGUUCUAUUUUAGUUUAUGGUUCUAUUUUUCAAGUCAUCUUAUAGAUGAAUUACCAUCUCUCAGACCCAGCCUGCCUCAACCUCUUCCUUAUUUCCCAUGAACAGAAAAAGAACUGUCAACAUUAGAAAUGUAAGGGAAAAUGACUAGUCCUUUUCAUAGAGUCUAGACCUUUCUCUUAGGAUUGGACCACCAUUUUCUCAUCUAUAUAUAUGACUCGCAACUAACACUAUCAUUCCGAUUUGAGGAAUUCCUUAUCAAGUCCUCUAUAACCAGAGAUCUCAAAUAGCUAAUUCAGAAAUAAUAAUAAUAAUUGAGAAGGAAAAUGGUGGGCAUGUUUUCUGCUUACAUUCUAUACCUUUUCUAUUUUUUAUUUUGCGCCCAACCUUCCCAUUAAUGGUGUGGUCUUUGGUUGAUUCAUAUGCAGGAUGAAGCACAUCAGUUAAACAUAUGGGAAGGUUAUGUAGACUGGAAAAACAAACCAGCCAAAAGAGGUCUUCAUGGUGGCAUGCUUGCUGCCUCCUUUGUCCUGGUUGUGGAAAUUCUGGAGAAUCUAGCAUUCCUGGCGAAUGCAAGCAACCUUGUGUUGUACCUGUCAAGGUUCAUGCAUUUUACUCCAUCCAGCUCUGCAAAUAUCGUUACCAAUUUCAUGGGCACAGCGUUCCUUCUUGCUCUUCUCGGUGGCUUUCUGGCAGACGCUUUCUUCACCACCUACCACAUCUACUUGAUUAGUGCUGCAGUGGAAUUCAUGGGUCUGCUAAUACUCACAUGCCAAUCUCAUAUACAUUCAUUGGAACCGGCAACAUGUUUGAAGACAAAUGCCAGCACUUUGUGCCAGGAAGUUAAUGGCCAGAAUGCAGUGAUUUUGUUUGCAGGUCUCUAUUUAGUAGCUCUGGGAGUUGGAGGAAUUAAAGGUUCACUGCCCGCACAUGGAGUUGAACAGUUUGAUGAAACCACCAUACAAGGAAGGAAGCAGAGAUCAGCAUUCUUUAACUACUUUGUUUUCUGCCUUGCGUUUGGGGCACUAAUUGCAGUAACUAUUGUGGUUUGGGUUGAAGACAACAAAGGCUGGAAGUGGGGACUUGGGAUCUCCACUGCAACAAUACUCAUCUCCAUCCCCAUUUUUCUCCUUGGUUCUCCUUUUUACAGGAGCAAAGUUCCUGCAGGAAGCCCGAUCACAACCAUGUUUAAGGUCCUGGCUGCAGCAAUUUACAACAAAAGCAAACCAAGGACUUCUAGCAAUGCUGUCAUAGGCACAGAGACAAGUUCAUCCCCCAGAACCGAGACAAGUAAUGGAGAAGAUACAAAUACCAAAGAAAUGGGGCCAAGUCAAAAUCCUAGAGAGGGACUCACAUUCCUCAACUCGGCAUUGACCAAGAAACCUAUUCACCCUAUGUUACAAUGUACACAACAGCAAGUAGAAGACAUCAAGAUAGUACUAAGGAUUAUACCCAUCUUCAUGUCCACCAUCAUGCUAAACUGCUGCCUUGCUCAGCUCUCCACUUUUUCUGUUCAGCAAGCAGCCACCAUGAAUACAAAAAUCGGUUCCACAAUUGUCCCACCAGCUUCUCUCCCUGUCUUUCCUGUCAUCUUCAUCAUGAUCCUUGCACCAGUUUACAACCACAUUGUUGCCCCAUUUGCCAGGAAAGUAACCAAAACCGAAAUGGGAAUCACUCAUCUACAGCGAAUUGGAAUGGGGCUACUUCUCUCAAUAAUAGCCAUGGCAGUGGCAGCUCUUGUGGAAAUAAAAAGGAAGAGGGUGGCAGCAGAAUUGGGACUAACUAAUUCUACCAAACCACUACCAAUCACAUUUCUUUGGGUAGCUUUGCAGUACUUAUUCCUUGGAUCAGCUGAUCUUUUUACCUUAGCUGGGAUGAUGGAGUUCUUUUUCAAUGAGGCUCCAUUAAGCAUGAGGUCUUUAGCCACAGCUCUCUCCUGGGCAUCUCUGGCCAUGGGAUACUACCUAAGCUCAGUUCUUGUAUCAAUAGUCAAUGGCAUUACUAGUGCCUAUAGACACACACCAUGGCUCUUUGGUAGCAACUUGAACCACUAUCAUCUAGAGAGGUUUUACUGGCUAAUGUGCGUACUUAGCGGAUUAAACUUCUUACACUACCUAUUUUGGGCCAGUCGCUACAAGUACAGAUCAACAUGGCCUAUGAACUGAAUAUGUUACGACCACAAACAGGUAGUUUAAGUGUCUUUCUAUAUAUUUUUCCAUGUCAAUUAAGUCUGUAACUGUUUCUUACUUGAGUUGGGUCUUCAAUGAAGCGAAUUAGAGAGAUAUUGAAAGAA